AUGGCCCUUGAUAGAAAGUCUGAAUGCAACCCAGGGUUCGGUCCAGAAUGGGCUUCAAGAGACAAGUGCCCGUUGAAUGUUUGCUGCUCAAAGUACGGAUUUUGUGGUACCACUAAAGACUUCUGUGGAAACAAGACAGUACCGCACAAGACAUGCUCCAAGACCAAUGGCAAUGCCCGUAUCAUUGGUUACUAUGAAAGCUGGGCGUCCAGUCGUCCUUGUAAUGUCUUUUGGCCAGAGCAGAUUCCCAUUGGGCUCUAUACUCAUAUCAAUUUCGCUUUUGCUACCAUCAAUCCUACCACUUUCAAGGUUGAACCAGACUCUGAAAAUGAUGUUGGUAUUUAUAAGCGCCUCAUGCUUUUAAAGAAGAAAGAUCCAGGACUCAAGGUAUUCGUCGCCAUUGGAGGUUGGACCUUUAAUGACCCAGGCCCCACGGCGACGACUUUCUCUGACAUUGCCGCUUCAGUUCCGCGACAAAAGACUUUCAUCGAAUCGCUCAUAUCGUUCAUGUCCACUUAUGAAUUUGAUGGAGUCGAUCUGGAUUGGGAGUAUCCAGCCGCGGACGAUCGAUCCGGUAGAGAGGUAGACUUCUCCAAUUUUCCUAAAUUCAUGGAUCGUUUGAAAUCAUCUAUGGAUUCGGCGAGUAAAGGGGUCUCCAUCACACUUCCAGCUUCUUAUUGGUACCUACAACAUUUUGACUUGAAGGCUUUAGCUAAAAGUGUCAGUUGGUUUAAUGUGAUGUCGUACGAUUUGCACGGAACAUGGGACAAGGGCAACAAGUGGACUGGAGCCUUCCUAAACACGCAUACCAAUUUGACCGAGAUAGAUCUUGCAAUGGAUCUGAUCUGGAGGAAUGAUAUCAAUCCGAAUCAAGUAGUCUUGGGAUUAGGUUUCUAUGGUCGAUCUUUCUCAGUCUCCAGCCCUUCCUGCAUCGAGCCCGGAUGUACGUAUGAGUCCGGAGGUAUGAAGGGCAAGUGCAGCAGAGAGGUUGGAAUCUUAUUGAAUUCCGAAAUCGAUGAUUUGGUGAAGGCAAACGGUGUCAAACCAAAGCUGUACGAAAAAGACGCCUCCAAAGUGGCAUCAUGGGGAAAUCAAUGGGUAGCAUAUGAUGACGAAGAGACAUUCAAGCUUAAAUCUGAAUACGCUCAAAGUUCGUGUCUUGGCGGUCUUAUGGUCUGGGCGAUCAGUCACGACACAAAAGAUGCGAAGUAUAACAAGGCCUUGGCAAAGGUUGCCAAUCGGAAGAUUUUGGCGUUACCGGUGAGAUAUGGCUCUGACGAUCCUUACGAGUUUGUCGAUUUCCCAAACGAGCAAUGCAAAUGGACAAAUUGCAAUGAGAAUUGUCCCAGUGGAUGGGUUCUCAUGAAGAGGGAGGAUGACGGUAAGCGAGGUACAGAAUACAUGUUCGAUGAGAGCGGCUGCGGCGGGACUGGAGUUCACAGAUUCUGUUGUCCCCCUGGAAAUCUACCUACCUGCGGCUGGUAUACACAUCAUAAUGGAAAAUGCGACAAUACCUGCCCUUCAGGGACUGUCGAAGUGGGAUCCAACGAGAAGUAUUGCAGGCAGAAGUAUCAAGCAGCGUGCUGUACCACUGGCUCCAAAAGCAUGAAACUCUACACCAAAUGUGAGUGGGGCCAAUACCCUUUGUGUAAUUAUCAAGGAGGUUGUCCAGGAACCGACUCGGCGAAGGAUACAUUACUUGCCAGUUCGUCAUCUGGAAGUGGGGGAGGAAGCUGCAAUAUGUGGAAACUGGGACCGCCGGGAAGCCAUGUUUUUGAAGUGCAAGCGCGCAAGUUUUGCUGUGAUACUGGCGACCAAAAAGCGACAUUUUCGGACUGUGAGUGGUACAACAAUAUCGGCUUUGGGCCCAAGGGUGCUUCAGAGGGAUGGUGUCGUAGCGGUUGUCCAAACGAUAGAGUACGUGUGGCCAUCGACUCAUGGUCACAAGAUUGUUUUGGGAAAGGAUCCGGUGGAGGAAAAGCCAGAUGCUGUAUACCAAGUUACUCUGAUCGAGUCGAAGUUGAGAAUCCCAAGCUUGACGGAUAUCGAUCUACGAUGAAGUCCUAUACUGACGAUCCGACAUGUGCAAAUCCGGGCCCCAUCCUUGGGAGAAGAAACCUCGAUUUUAAGCAGGACAACGGAUCGGCGAUACCUGUGUUUGAUCUAGACACCUCUCUAGAGUUGACGAAACGGGCUGACAAGAUCGACGUGACCAGGACUGAGAGCUUACUGCUAAUUCUCAUUACCAAAGUCGGCACGUCGGCCAUGCUAGAGGAGACAGAAAGGAUCUGGAAUGACUACAUGAGAGACAAAUUCAGUCAUUUAACAUUUCCAAGUUUCCGUUCUUACGUUACCAAUCUACCUGAAUAUGGUAGUGAGGGACCAAUCCAAAUAUCUCACGCCGUGGUCUGCAAUCCUCACUAUUGGAAUACUCGUGCGAGUGGUAGUAAGACUUUGAAUUGCGUUGACGGUAUUUGUACGACUGAGUCGUGCUAUGGAAUCGAAGAGCGAAACCCACGCGCCCUGUUUGACCUUGAGAGGAGGAUUCGACCGGCUCGAGAUUAUCGCCCGACGCUCACAGGUGCAGCAGCAAACACUGGUGGACAAAUCACUAUUAGGAUCACUUUACCGCGUUACAAUGGCAUUGAGGAUUUGUCUGAUGAUGAUGCCAUGAACGAUGAAGCGGUUGACUUUGCCGGAAGAGGAGAUUGCACCAAUGCUCAGAUGGCUCAUUUCUCCCUUCCAAGCGAUCAACGCUAUCAAAUGGAGCAUAUAUUCGACGGCAACGUCAUGGGAAGAUUCAUGGCCGAUGCAGCAGCUGGUAAUCUGAGAAGUGGAGCCGUAGCACGAUCCGGACCAGUAUCCAUCUCGUUCUUCCGCGCAGCUCAAACAAUGCCUCUCCUGCCCAACGCGCCCCCUCUGCCAGGAGGCGCAAACUACAUCCGCCUCUACGACAGAGUGAUGGAAACCCUGGGUAGCGAUACUAACACAGCGAACUUCGUCAUCACCCACGCUGACAUCAAUUUCGUGAAAACUUAUCUCAUGCAAGGCCAGGACCCUAUUGCACGAACUCGCUUUCCCACCCUCGCAAGCGACUUUGCACACCCUGACCAAUCCCAAUAA